CUCAAUUUAGACAAAAGCAUCACAAGUCCAUCAAGUCAAACUCAGAAACUCAGAAAGAGAAAGCAACGCAAAGGUAGAAGCCAAAAAAGAUGGAAGGUUUUGCAGCAGCACAAGUGUUUGGGUCUGUGAUUCUAGUCGGAGUAUGUAUUCUCUUCACGAAAUUGUGCGAUGCGAUGUGGGUGAAACCUCGAAGGAUUCGUUCAACUCUCUGGAGACAAGGAAUCCGAGGGCCAAAACCUUCUUUCUUAUAUGGGAACAUUCAAGAAAUGAAAAAUAUCCAGUCAGUGCUUGUCAACGAUCAAGCAUCUCAACCUGCUGUGUCCCACAAUACUUGGGUUAAAUCCAUCUUCCCCUACCUCCACCUCUGGGCUCAAAAAUAUGGGUCAAUAUACAUGUACUCUACAGGGAACAAGCAACAUCUGUACAUUGGGCAACCAGAGUUACUCAAGGAAUUGAAUCUUCACAAAUCCUUGGAUUUGGGCAAGCCUACCUAUCUCUCCAAGUCCAUGGAAUCCAUGCUUGGUGAUGGCAUCAUAAGGGCUAAUGGACCUUACUGGGCCUAUCAGAGGAAGCUCAUAGCUCCUGAAUUUUUCCUCCACAAGGCUAAGCAUAUGUUGGGGCUAAUGGAGGAAUCUGUCAUAGCCAUGAUAAGAACAUGGCUGAGCCAAGUUGAAAUCAAUGGAGGAGUUGCAGAUAUAACUGUUGACAAGGAUUUGAAGAGGGUAUCUGCAGAUAUUAUAUCUAAAGCUUGUUUUGGUAACUCUUACUCCCAAGGCAAACAAAUCUUUGCAAAAUUGGAAGUCCUCCAAGGAGUUAUGUCUAAACCGAGUAUACUUUUUGGACUCGCAAACUUCAGAUUUCUUCCCACGGAGAGCAAUAGGAAAAUGUGGACCUUACAGAAAGAGAUAGAGACACUGAUACUGGACGUAGUCAAGGCUCGCAUAGAAGAAGUCCAAAGCUCUAGCAAAUCUAGAAAGGACUUGUUAGAAACUUUACUAGAAAGUGCUACCAAUAGCGAAGACCACCUCCAUACUCGUGAUGCAGAUCGUUUUAUAGUGGACAACUGCAAAAACAUAUACUUUGCAGGCCAUGAGACCACUGCUCUUACGGCCUCCUGGAGCUUGAUGCUGCUUGCGUUAUACCCCGAGUGGCAAGAACGCAUUCGAGCUGAGAUCUUCGACAUCUGUGGUGAUGACCGUGAUUGCUUCCAAGAUCUGGACAAACUUCGUCAGUUAAAAUCGCUGACUAUGGUGAUCCAAGAAACUCUGAGACUCUAUGGUCCAGCUAUUAUCACAUCAAGAGAAGCUUUUGCUGAUUUAAGGGUGGGAGAUUUAACUGUGCCAAAAGGCACCAUCAUUUGGAUAUCAGUUAUGGCAUUGCAUCGUGAUCCUGAAAACUGGGGUCCUGAUGCUGAUGAAUUCAAGCCUGAGAGGUUUGCAGGAGGUGUAGCUGAAGCCUGCAAGUAUCCACAAUCUUACAUUCCAUUUGGUUUCGGAAGUCGACUAUGUGUUGGCCAGACCUUCGCCAUGCUGGAACUGAAAAUACUUCUCCGUUCAAUUCUAUCAAACUUUUCUUUCUCUCUCUCUCCAGAGUAUCGCCAUUCCCCCGUCUAUAAGAUGCUACUAGCCCCUCAACAUGGUAUCAGACUACUAGCAAGGAGAUUGCAAAGGGAGAAUGUGAUGACCCAGACAUGACUAAUCCUUGUUUAUGUUGCUUAAUUAUUACCUAUUAAUAAUGAUUACUUUUUCUUUGUCUUUCAGUA